CGAGAUCUGCGAUCGGCUACAAACCCAAGGUGUGUGUGCGUGUGCGUGUGUGUGUGAACUCUGUAAGCGAUAAGAAACUGUCGCUUUCUCCUGCUGGAUACAAUUCUUGAUUUCAGUGUCUCCGCCAUUUAAGAGAACUGCUGGAUCGGUGGCUCCGAAGUCUGGGAUUGAUCUAGUGCAACUUAUUUUUAGACCUUCAUCAUGGCUGAGGGAGAGGAGGAUUUCUCUUCCUUGCCAUUGCCCGACCGGUUCGCUCAUAAGAACUGGAAGGCCCGCAAGGGAGGAUAUGAAGAGGCCAAAGCACUAUUCGAAAAAUCUCCCGAUGAGUCGGAUCCCGUUUUUACACCCUUCAUACAAGACCCCGGCCUAUGGAAAGGGGCCGUGGCAGACUCCAACGUUGCGGCUCAGCAAGAAGGUCUCGGGGCUUAUUGCGCGUUUUUGAAAUUCGGAGGUGUUCAGGCCUGUACGAGAUCACGAGCAACUACAGUCUUCCCUAUCUGCGAGAAAGGCCUCCCGUCCACACGACCAGCCGCAAAAACGAAUGCGAUCGAAGCGCUACUGUUAUGUGUUGAGCUGGAUAAGGCAGACCCAGUCAUCGAAGAAAUCCUCCCCGCCCUCUCACACAAAGUCCCCAAGGUCAUUGCGGCUACACUGGCAGGACUGAAAGCCAUCUAUCACAACUUCGGGUGCAAGAUUGUCGACCCCAAGCCGGUAUUGAAGGUCCUGCCAAAGGCCUUUGGUCAUGCAGACAAGAAUGUCCGUGCGGAAGCGCAAAAUCUCACAGUGGAACUUUACCGAUGGCUGAAGGAAGCCAUCAAGCCUCUCUUCUGGGGCGACCUGAAGCCCGUUCAACAGCAGGAUUUGGAGAAGUUAUUCGAGGGUGUUAAUCAAGAGCCGGCACCCAAGCAGGAGAGGUUUACGAGGGCGCAGCAAGAUGCCAUGGCCGCAGCCAGCGCUGCUCCGGAAGGCGGCGAUGAUGAAUUCGAAGGAGGCGAGGAAUACGCGGAAGAAGAGGAAGAUGCUGGAGUCGAUGCUUUCGAUCUGGCCGAACCCGUUGAUGUCAUGUCCAAGGUUCCCAAGGAUUUCAACGAGCAACUCUCUUCGUCGAAGUGGAAGGAGAGGAAAGAGGCUCUAGACGCUCUGCAUGGCGUAUUGAACGUUCCCCGCAUCAAAGAUGGACCGUGGGAUGAUGUUAUCCGUUUGCUGGCCAAGUCCAUGAAAGAUGCAAAUAUCGCAGUGGUGACUGUUGCUGCCAACUGUGUUGACCUGCUUGCAAAGGGCCUUCGCAAUGCAUUUCUCAAGUAUCGGUCUACCAUCAUGGCGCCCAUGCUGGAGCGCUUGAAGGAAAAGAAGCAGAGUGUCGCCGAUGCCCUGGGGCAGGCGUUGGAUGCAGUUUUCAUUGCGACUAACUUGACUGAGUGCCUGGAAGAGAUUCUCGAAUUCCUUAAGCAUAAGAACCCCCAAGUUAAGCAAGAAACUCUCAAGUUCUUGAUCCGUUGCCUUCGCACUACCAGAGAAGUUCCAGCCAAGCCUGAAGUCAAGUCGAUAGCUGAGGCGGCCACGAAGCUUCUCACCGAGUCCAGUGAGGUCAACCGUGCCGGAGGAGCCGAGGUUCUUGGUACCCUGAUGAAGAUCAUGGGAGAGCGUGCGAUGAACCCCUUCCUCGAGGGACUCGACGACAUUCGGAAGACGAAGAUUAAGGAGUACUUUGACACGGCCGAGGUCAAAGCGAAAGAUAGACCUAAGCCUAUCGUUGGCCCGCCCAAAACCGCCCCCGGAAAGAAGGUUGUUGGAGCAAAGAAACCCGCAUUGGGAGCAAAGAAGCCGGCCCCGCCUCCUGUCGAGGAACCGGCCGCUGCUCCUUCACCCAAGCCUGCUACAAGAUCCAUUCCUUCAAAACUGGGAGGGCCCCCAAAGCCCAGUGGUCUUUCUGGCCCAGGCGGCCUCAAGAAGAAGCUUGGUGGUCCAGGAGGAAUAGCAUCUCCGCAACGACGGGUUGUCUCCCCUCCAUCGGAGGACCAACCGCCGCCGCCUGCAGCUCCCAAGUUUGGCCUUGCGAGAGGACUUGCCGGCCGUCCGAUAGCGAAGCCGUCGGCUCCCAGCGAGCCUGCUCCCGCUCCGGCACCACCUCAGUUGAGUGGAAUCUCGGCUAUCGAACGGGCUGAGUUAGAUGAGCUGCGUGCAGAGAAGGAGCGGUUUAUGCGGAUGGUUGAAGAUUUGAGAUCGGAGAGAACCAAGUUGAACUCGCAAGUCAUGGAGCUUCAGGAUCAGAAUGCGCAGCUCAUCGAAGAUCAUACAAGAGAUGUGUUGAGCAUCAAGGCCAAGGAAACCCAGUUGGUUCGAGCACGAAGUGACGCAGAAGCAGCGGAGCAGUCUGUCCAAAAGCAGCAGCGAGAGAUCGAACGUUUGAAGCGUGAGCUAGCAAGGGCCCUUCGAGCCAGCGCUAUGAGCCCUCCCAAUACCCUACCGGAGAAUAUUGGAUUGCCUAUGUCAGAAACAAGCUCCGUGUACCAAGAUGAUGGCCGUGGACCGAUGUCCCGGUCUAGCCUUCUUGCCGGCUCACGGUUCGAGAGCUCACGGCCACGCAGCUAUGCAUCAGGUAGCCCAAGUGAAGAGAAGGAGAACAAUGGCUUGGAUUCCUCAGGACUGAGUAGCCGAGAGGGAUUUGGUCGACGGAAGCUCAGCCCUACAUUUGGUACCGGCUACUCCGGGCUGGGAAGUCCCACCCGGUCGUCAGUGCUAGGCUCCGGCAGUGCUUCUGGCGAAGACCAACCUACCAGGAGCGCGGAACCAGCGGAGAGCUGGAAGAGAGCCGCGGAAGUAACCAGCCAGCUGAAGGCAAGAAUCGAACAAAUGAAGGCAAGGCAAGGGCUUAUACGACCACCUUCGCAACGCUAA